AUGUCGAAGACGUCGGUCUUCACGACGUGUACCCCGCUGCCGGCGGGCAUCACGAGACAGAGCGUCAUUGAUAUGUACCACGCCCAUACCGAGAUGAUCGAGCUGAAUCCGCUUGUCAUCGAUCGGUUCAACUGCAAACCUCCAAGCUAUGCGCCGGCAGAGGAAUACUAUGCUAUAUGGUACACGAUCAAAGACAAAGUCAACUACCUUCCGGGCGGUCUCGCUUCCUCUUCCGUUUCCUACCACGCUUGCUUCCACGACCUCCCCGAUGGCCUACAAACACAUGUCUAUGCGCCUCUUGGCCUCGAUAUCCGCGCGAAAUGGACCGUGGGUGGUUGUCUACCAGGCGAGCCGAAAGGUCCUGUCGAACUCGGCAUCGGUGCCCCACGCGAAGGCCUCUACAUCCGCGAAGACGUGCGCAUGAAGUGCAAUAUAAUGAUGAUGAGCUUUGUGAAGAAGACAUUCAAAGACAGCCAUUCCACCAUGGUGGACCGACUGGUAGAGAAGGCUCAUGUGCUGGAAAGCCGGCAGGCGAACGAACGAUUGAACGCGUUGAAGAAUGUAGCACCGGGCGAGCGCAUGGGCCACGGAAGCAUAUAUAUCGCGCCUCCACCAGGAUAUGGAGACAAACAGCAACGCUACAAUUAUGAGGAUAAGCCGCUGCCACAGCCACGAGAAAGCGUAAUCUCGGACGGGAGUGCAAGAAGUAGUCCGGGGCUGUCGCAGGCGAGCACAUUGACGAGCCAGAGCGAAUUCCCACAGAAAUCUCCGCAGCAACAUCAGUACCAGCAGUCGCCCCAACAUUUGCAGUCGCAGUCGCAGUCGCAGUCGCAGGCCGAGUCGUACGAGCCAUAUCGGGACCAGCGCAUGUCGCUCGCGAGCCCGCCGUCGCAGUGGGCGCCCGGUCACUCGCACUCGCAUUCGCAAGACAGCAAUUACAGAACAAGCUUUCAAUCCGGCGUCGGCCAGCAAAGAAGCCCAGGGCAGCCGCCACAGCAGGCGCAAACUUUGCCAAGUCUAUCCUAUCUACCUUCCACGGUAUACAACCCGCACACGAAUAACAACCGCGACUCGCAGUAUCACGCGUACCAACCACCGCGGUCUUCCGAAUAUCUCCAACCCCCGCCAGCUGUCGAGCUACCCGCACAUAUGCAGGAUUCACCGACGUUGCCGCGAAAUCUGCGGGAUGAUCGCGACAAGCAUCUUGCUGAGCUGCCUGCUUGA